AUGUCUGACCCGUCGGACCACGUCGUUUCCACGCCAGGAUUCAAGAUGGACCUGCCCAAGUUCUCUGGCUCGCCCGGCACCUUUCAUGCGUGGAGCAUUCGCAUGAAGAUGGCGCUCAAGCUCCGCGGCGACGACGUCUGGGCAGCUGUGGAGGCAGGAGCAUCGUCAUCAGGAGGUCCAAGCUCAGCGACACGCUCAAGUGCAAGGAGACCGACAGCAGGAGAUCACGCCAACCUCACCGCUUCAAACCUCAUCGCGUCCACGCUCUCAGGCUACCCCCUUCUCCUCUUCACCAACGGAGAAGCAGACGUCAACGCCGGCCAAGGAUGGGCCCGGCUCAAGGACCACUACGCUUCGCAGGACCGCCUCCGCAUCGCAGAGCUCAAGGAGGCGCAGCUUCACGUCCCCUGCGGCAACCUCGCCCGCUUCUUCGAGCGACACAUGGAGCUGCAGCAGCAGUUGCAAGGCGCAGGCGUGCGCCAGGACAACGAGGACCUCUUCACCAUCGUCUGGAAGCAGCUGCCACGCUGGACAGCCCCGCUCACGCUUCCCUACUUUGCCAGUGGCCGCUUUCCCUCCCUCCUCGAGCUCAGCAUCAGGCUGCAGCAGCUGGAGCAGCAGAUGCGUGGUUCACGCACACAGCCGCAGGCAGGCGGCUUCAUGGCAAGCGCACCGCCACGCAGAGGUGGAAGACGCGGCUUCUCCAACAGCAGCAACAACCACGGACGCCAGGGACGCAACAACGGCGGUAACGGCAACAGCAACGGCAAGGGGCGCCGCUUCCGUGGCAACUGUCACUACUGUGGCAAGUAUGGACACCGUGCAGCAGAGUGUCGCAAGAAGCAACGCGACAACGGAGCAACAGGCUUCACUGCACAGGCACAGCAUCAACAUGGUCAAGACGCAGCAACCUUCGUCGCUGCCACAGCUACUACACCCACGCAGCUGCAUGACCCACUCACGUGGCUUGCAGACACGGGUGCUUCACACCACCUCACCUUCGUCAAGGACGCCUUCGUGGAGCUGUCACCGCACCUGCAACAGCACCAUCCACGCCACAUCACUGCGUUUGGCGGCACACGUGUGCCCGUGCGCGGUGUUGGCUCUGUGCUGUUGCAUGCACGCACGACGAGCGGAGCUACGAUGCAGAUUGUGCUACAGGAGUGCCUCUACGUGCCCGAGGGCCAGGCCAACCUCAUCGCCCUCGGUCGUCUGACCAGGGACAGCAGCGGCAGGCCAACGGGCCACUCGCAGCGUGAUGGCGCUGAUGGGCACUACGUGCGCUUCAGCCACGGAGCCGAGGUCAAGCUGAAGGAGCGCAACAGCCUCCGGUGCUGGCCCAUUGUUGCUGUUGGUCCAUCCACGGCACACGGUCUCACCGCUGAUGCCUGCAAGCAACCACAGCAACCCACAGCAGCUCCUGCAGCCCAGAGCAAGGCACACACACCAUCGAUGCAUGAGGUGCUUGGCCACCGCAACGACAACGACGUGCAGCAGUACUGCAAGCUGAUGGGCAUCGACGAUCGCAACGCCAUCAGCAGCAAGCAGUGUACAACGUGCGCAGUGACCAAGAGCACUCGUCACAGUGUCAGCAAGCACGCGGAGCGCACACAGGUGCCCGGCGAGCGCAUCCACGCCGACAUCGUCGACUGGACCGCGGACUCACCCACGGGCAAGCGCUACAGCCUCGUCAUCACACCGCUGCAGAUUGUCACGGGCGCGCUGCCCAAGCACGUGCCACAGCUGCACGUCUUCGGGCAGCCGGCCGUCGUCCACAUCAGCACACAGCGCGGACGCCUGCAGCCCAAGGGCCGCCGAGGCAUCUACGUCGGCCACAACAGCAGCAGCAACAGCCACCUCGUCUACUUUGAAGACACAAACACCGUUGUGUCCUCCAUCCACGUCCGCUUCCUUCCCUUCUCCAAGGCCGAUGAUGUCGUGGAUGAGGGGGAGCAAGUGCAGACAUCCACGACAUCGUCCAUGCUCCAGCUUCCCAGUGCACGUGACAGCAGCAACAGCACCACUGACGAUGCAAGCGACACCGAGGCAGGCGCGUUCACAGCAAGCAGCAGUGGCGACACCAGCCUCACGGAGCCUGCAAGCAUCAAGCAAGCACUCAAGAGCCAGCAACGCAAGCAGUGGACUCAGGCAUGCUUGGAGGAGAUCGGGGCGAUGGAGCGCAACGGCGUCAUCAAGCUCAUCCCACGCAGCGCCGUGCCACGGCAACACACGCCCCUCAAGUCACGCUUCGUCUUCAAGGUGAAGCGUGAUGCUGAGGGCGCGCCGACGCGCUUCAAGGCACGCUGGGUCGCCAAGGGCUUCAGCCAACGACCGGGCAUCGACUUCCACCAGACCUACGCCCCAACACCAGCAGCCAAGACCAUCCUCACUGUGCUCGCCGUCUCCCUGCAACGACAGCACCAGCUGCACCAGCUCGACUUCAAGUCGGCUUACCUGCAGGCUGAUCUCAAGGAGGAGCUGUACAUGAAGCUGCCGCCGCACUUCACCGACAUCGGCGACGGCGCUCAACGCUACGCGGGCAAGGUGUGCCGGCUGCUCAAGCCGCUCUACGGCCUCAAGCAAGCUGGCCGUGCAUGGGCCAAGAAGCUGCACACCUUCCUCAAGACCAACGGAUGGGCGCAAAGCAAUGUCGACGCCUGCUUAUUCACCAAGCUCCACGACGACGGACAGCGCACAUGGAUCAUCACGUACGUGGACGACCUCAUCAUCAGCGGCAGCAGCGAGCGCCACAUCCCUGACGGGGUGUUGCACAUUGCGCAGACACAGGCCAUCAACGACAUCGUCAACGACUACAACCUGGCAGCCGCAGCCAGCGUGUCCACGCCCAUGCGUGUUGGCAUCGACGCCUCCAGCAUCAGCGAGCAGCCCGACCGACGCUUGCCUUUCCGCAACCUCGUGGGCUCGCUCCUGUACCUGGCCAACCGCACGAGACCAGACGUCAGCUUCGCGUGCGGACUGCUCUGCCGUUACAUGGACCGUUACACGACGGUCCACUGGCAGGCAGCCAAGCACGUCGUGCGGUACCUGAAGGCGACGAGCGAGCACGGCCUCCUCUUCAAGCGACGCAGCGGCACGUGCAAGGACCAGCCGCUGGACCUUUACCAGCUGACGGGCCGCUCCACGACGGGCUUCACCUGCUACAUCAACGGCUGUCUUGUGUCUUGGAGCAGCCGGCUGCAACCCACAGUUGCGCUGAGCACCGCCGAGGCCGAGUACAUGGCCAUCUCCGCUGCAGCGCAGGACGUCGUCUUCCUGCGGCAGCUGCUCAUGGACCUUGACGAGCCCGAGGCUGGAGCCACCAAGAUGCUGACAGAUAACCAGGCGGCCAUCGCCAUCGGUAACGACCACGUCACCAAGCCGCGCACGAAGCACAUCCGGGUACGCCACCACUUCGUGCGGGAGCUCAUCGCUGACGGAACCAUUGUGCUGCAGCACUGUCCCGGCACGCAGAUGGUUGCCGACGCGCUGACCAAGGCACUGGACAAACAGACCUUCGAGCAGCACCUGCCACGACUGGUGGGAACCUCGACGGCUGAGACGGAGCAGAGGAAGGCAGUUGAGGGGGAGUGUUGA